CCAUGAGUGCAAGCGAAAAUCAGGAAAGCCCUGCCAGAAUCAAGGAGCAUGUCACAAAACAUGAGUAACACAACUCAGCCACUGCAGCCCUCUCAGUUCCCCCCUGCUUCUGCUGAUUUGAUACAUAAAAACACAGGGACAAAGCAAGGAGAAAGUAUUACUGUGAGGCAACCUGGCACAGCUCCGGGGGGAAGCCUCAAGCACAGCCAGUCUCCCCCCAGUGAGAAGAUUUCCCACCAAGCCUCCCACCUUGGGCAAGCCCCAGGGGACCACAAACCUGAAAUCCAACCCGAACUCAGGAGUCACUUUGCCAUGGCCAAGGCCCGUGGUUAAAGAGGUGAUGGACAGGAAGGACAUGAAGGUGGUGGCUCCUGGACACACAGCAGCAUCCCAAGGGACAGGACACAAAAACCAGUCUCACGGCAUACACAACUCCAAAACUCAUGUCCCUGAGGAUGAUUUGAGAAGCAGGAGAGAUCAGCCUGGACCAGAGCUGCCGAAGGCAAUUGGCAUGCAGGCUAGGCGUGUUGCAAGGACCCCAUCAGCUGCAGAUCGUAGGUAAGUGUCAGCUCUGGGUGAGCCAGCAGCACCCUGCUGAAAAUGGAGUCCAAGUCUUUUAUGAGUGUAAGCUUGAGGGGAGGUUGAUGCCCUGAAAAAGAAAGGGUUUGGGAUGAUGUUAAGGGGCACCCUGUGUUCCUUUCCUGUUGCCGUUGAGUCCGGGACGGGAACAAAAAACUCCAGUCCUUGGAAGGUCUCUGCCAAACGGGCAGAGGGAGGAUUGCAGGAGCGGCUGGAGGGAUGGCUGGAGUACAGAAAGCCUCCUCCCCCCUCUCUCUCCAGGACCGCUGGUCCGUGUUGGCAAACGGAAAGGAGAGGUUUUCCCGGGAGUAUGGACUUGCACCUUGGCUUUGGGGCUCUCGCGAAGCAGCGCCGCGGCAGUUUCUCUCCGCAGAGGCGGCGGAGCCGCUGCCGGCCAAGCAGGCGCGGCCAAGCCCGGAACAGCGGAGCCGAGCGGAGCCGGGCUCGCCAAAGGCACCCCGGCGGAUUCUCGCGGCCGGUUGCGGAGCCGGCGGCAGCGGCGGUGAGCUCGGGACCGGUCGAAACGAAGGAACACCGGCUGUUCCGUCCGGAGCGGGGGCGAGCCCACCGGUCCCUGCGGGCAGGAAUGCUGGAAAUGGUGAGCAAAGGCAUCCCCGCCGCCGCUCCCGGUGCGGGGAGAGCCGGCGGACAUGGAACGGGAUAGUCCGUCCCAGUCGAUCGGGACACAGUUCCUGGAGCCAUCGUAGGCGAAAAACAUGUUGGCUUUGUCACUUUUCUGUUGCCCGGGGUCUUGCCUUGAAAGGCUUUAGAAAUGCGUCUCCAGUAAAGCCCUUGGAAGUGCACUUAGGAAAUAAUCACCGAGGUCCUCCCAAGUCUCUGGAUCAAAGGCAUCGCUCGCAUCCACGGCGAGUCCGUGAUUUUUGGCCCGAAAUAAAAGAUAGCGAAGUGCUUGAUCAGAGACAGGGGGUUUCGUGGGAGUUAUCAGGUUCCUCCACACAGAAACAAUCUGUUGUUCAUCUGCGGAAUGUUGGUUCCUCAUUUUUAAGGAAAACCCGUCGCUCAGCAGGCUCCCACUCCAAGAGACAGACAGUCUGCUGUGCUGGGAAAACCCGUCCUUUACUCAGUUCUCGGCCUCCCGGGGACGAUGCCUUCCCAGGAAGGGGACAAGCCUUCCUGGGAAGACGCGGGGACAGUCAGCGUUACCUCGCUCCGGAGGGCGCCGGGGCCUGCAGGGGUCGCCGGUGACCGGGGGCGGCAGCAGCGGCUCCGCUCGGCCGGGCAGAGGCUCUCGGUGGCUUUUAUAACCCCACUCGCUAAGCCCAAAUUGAUUUGUUUUAGAGUAAAAAAACCUCUCACGCUAUUGGUGAAUGGAGAAUAGCGCGCUCUGGAAAAUCGUAUCUGUAAACAACAGGUGCGGAAGGAGAGGAGCCUCCUUCGUGCCUAAACAGUGCCCACCACCCCAACCAGCCCUGCAGCAGGGGAGAGGUGCCCACCGUGUCCACUUGGCGCAGGACGGUGCCCUCAGCAAAGAAGAGGGGCUUGCGGGUGUCCA